UUGGCUGGCCCUUUCCACGUAAUGGCUGACCACGUCGUUCCAACUGGCGAUGAAAAGAAGGAGAUCAUUGAGGAUCUUCCAGUCCAGAAGAUUCGCCUCACAAUCACAUCUUCAAAGCUUCCAAACCUUCAGAGAGUUGUCGGAAAUCUUAUGGGCAAGCUGAAGAAGGGCAAUCUUGAAGUCCGCGGACCAAUCCCAAUGCCACGCCGCCGCCUGCGCAUUACAACACGCCGUGCACCAUGCGGUAACGGUACAGAAACAUACGACCAUUUCGAACUUCGUAUUUACAAGCGUGUUAUUGAUUUCCAGGGAACCGCUGAAGCUGUUAAGCAGGUCACCCAGAUUGCACUUGAACCAGACGUUCAUGUCGAAGUUUCAGUUAUCAUGAGUAAACAAAUUCAUUUAUAUUACUAUAUUUAG